AUGGAGGUGGCUUUUAUUGCGCCAUCUUCCAGCGCCAGCAGCUCGAGCCUGCCAACCGGCAUUGCACGGACAACUCUCCGAGGAACCCAGUCAGAGAGCGGAUCCUUCGGGGCGGGGGCGAAGGCCGCCGUUCUUUGUGGAGCGGCUGCUGCAGCAAGCCUGGCCACUCGGAGACGCACCAUGCGCCGAGCGGAGCAGGAAUUGGCCACGCUGCCGAAACACAUGCAGCCUGUGGACAUGAACAAGGAGUACCCGGCCUACGUGAAGGGCAAGAACGAGAACUCCAUGAUGCCGCAGCUGGUGGGCGACUGGGGCACGCCGGUGCCAGGUAGCUACAAGGAGUGCCUGACCCUGAUCGGGCCAGAUGUGGAGGUGGGCCUGUCGACCGGGACGCCCUGGGAUCCUCUGGGAUUUAGCAAGCUCUAUGACCGCAACUUUGAGUUCAACGGCAACAUGACCUUCCCGCAUGUGCAGUGGCUGCGUGAGUCCGAGCUGAAACAUGGCCGCUGCGCGAUGCUGGCAAUUGUCGGCAUCUUCGCACAGGGUGCCUUCCACAUCGAUGGCUACCCCGAGGCCCCGUGGUACGAGGCGCUGAAGGCGUGCUAUGACAAGCCGGCGGGCAUCGUGGGACUGGGCAUUGCUCAGAUCUCAGCUUUCGCCAUGAUCAUCGAGGGCAAGUUCUUCCCAAAGGACUCUUGGAUCGGCCAGAUGGACCGUGAGCCCGGUGACUUGGGAUUCGACCCGCUGAAGCUCGCCAAGGAUGCAGAGAGCAUGAAGUCCAUGCAGCUGAAGGAGCUUAAGAAUGGACGCCUGGCCAUGAUGGCUUUCAUGUCCCACGUGGUUGGCCAUUACUUGCCGGGCAGCGUCCCGGGUGUGUCUGCCCUCCCCAGGGAGACGGCCACUACGCAGGCCCCUGCUUUCUGCGGCACAACUGCCAGCCAGCCUGAGUCCACUGCCAAGACCGCGGCUCGCUACACCACGCAGACGAUCCUGCCCUCCCUCGCCUGGAUCAAGACGGGCGUGAAGGCUUCCGAGCUGCAGCCCAAGCAGCUGAAGGCCCUGACGCUGGCCGGCAACGACGUGUUGAUCGGCAAGACGGAGGCUGGGGCGCUCUUCUGCGUCGGCAACUUGUGCCCGCACAUCGGUACGCCCAUGAGCGAGGGCGCCGAUGUGAUCGGCGACGUCAUCGUCUGCCCUUUGCAUGGCUCCUCCUUCAAAGUGACCACGGGUGAGCUCCUGGAUUGGUGCGUCUCCCCGCCGGUCAUUGGCCCCUUGACUGGACUGAUCGUGGAGAAGAAGAACCUCCUGGUCUUCGAGGUGCGCCAAGGUGGCUUGCUGGGAACCGGCGACGUCGAGGUGCUCGUGGACACCAACGCCAAGAAGGCCUACGAGGCCUGGUACUGGAAGGGCCUCCUGGAUGCCCAGGGCAAGGACGACGGCACGUACUACUGA